GUUAAUUUUUAAUGAACAUGAGUAACACGUUAUAACACGCCAAAUGAAAUAAAUGUCAUGGCCACUUAGAUUGACUAAAGCAAAAGAAAUCUUGUGUGAUAAAAAGAAGCGACAGCAGUAUGAUUCUUGGAGGCGUUCAGGGCUGGAUAUUUCAUUUGAUGUGUGGCUCAAGACAGACCAGUCUAAUCACAUGUCAAUGCAUUGGGCACCCCAUCCAAAGAAGAAAAAGAUGAUUGAAAACUGUGAGGCUCACGUCGCCGGUAAGUAUAUUGUUCCAAUUCUUAAAGUAACCGGGAAGAGUAAGACAGAUUUGCAAAAAAGUAGUGGAAUAUCUAAGUGUAAUGUAUGUACUGUCAUGUGCUGUAUUUUUUCGUAUACAAUGGCGUACAAAGUCACGAGACGUGCGGCUAAAUCCCGACUUCGCACCCAGACAUUUAAAUGUGUCGGAGCCUGUAUGGGAUCUACCUUAAUAUACCAAUUUUUCGUCCUAUUUUUCCUUCCGUCUUUCGUUCGAUUCACUGAAUUUUUCCACAAAAAAAUAUCUUAGGACAAAACUCUGUUACGAAGAAAAUUUUCAAAAAAAGGUACACUGUGGCGCACGUGCAUCUACUGGCAUGGUAGCAUCACAGAUCAGUUGGUAACAUGAAUACUUAGAAACUAGAAAUACAUGCAUGCGUGCACCCUCGCCUUGCGGGCAAAACCAGGAAGACAUUUAACAGAAGAGCCAGUGCCAUACGUUGAGCUCAACCAAUGGUGGAACAUGGAUAUAAGGGCAAGUGUGAUUGACGAAUCUGGGAUAAAGUCAAAUUGGGAUGAGUUAAUACAUCUUAGCAAGAUUCGUUUCAACUCUUUUUCAAUCACUAUGUUCUCUGCCACUUUUGAUAAUGCAGAUGUCGAAGAAAUUGGCCUCAAAUCUUUAUUAAAAUCGAUAUCAUGGACGGUGGAUCCUAUGGGUAUAGAGGAAAUAUCAGCAAGCUUCCAAACAUACUUUAGUGACAGUGAAUUUUAUUUAAGCAUGGAGGUCUGUUAUCUAAAUUGAGAUGAUCUUCCCAGCCGCCGUGACAUUUGAAUUAUUUACAAUAUUACAAGGAAAAGGACAAAUUGAAGCUAUAUACAAAUUAUUUCUGCACUACAGUUUAUUUUGGCAAAUUUGUGAAGAAGUGGAAUCUCUAAUUUCAAUUGGUAUUAAAUUCCAUACCACUGUUCCAUUAUUCAAGACUAUUUUUCAAUUUAAAUUUGCUCAAUAAAUGGCCGUAAAAGAUAAGAUGGGCCUAAUUUGUGGAAUACUUUGAACAUUAGACAAGAUAUUUCCUUCAUUCGCCUAUCGUCUUGUGUCGGCCAGUUUAAGUUAUUGAAAAUUUGGGUAGAGCGUGUUUCAUAGUUGCUCCUAGGAAUUAUUCGAGCUGCUCGAUUCUGUAAUUUUUUAAGUGUAUCGCGUAAACCUUUUCUGCAAUUAUCCCACACAGAACUACAGUAAUCAAAAUGCGGGAGAAUGAUAGACGAGUAUAUGUCAACUAGCAUGUUAAUUGGCACUAGAUCACGAAUACGUCUUAACAUUCCUAGGCCUUUGAAUACUUUUUUGGACAGAUAAUUUACGUGCUCCUUCCGCGAUAACAGUCAAUCACGAAAAGAGGUGUUCAAGAUGUUGGCAAUUGGAAAAGCCAAGAUAUUCCUUCAGGGUCCAGUUGGGGAUCUCAUCUGGGUCACCAUGCAGCGCAUGAUGUACUAACCUCUCUGAAUAGUUUUCCAUUACAUUUACAAAGGCUUCAUUUACAAAGGCUUCGUUAGACCUUAGGUCACGUUUGUUCGUUUUGGCGGUGCCACAAUGCUGCUUAACUUCCCACCUCGAAUCCCCCGAUUUUGUGUCGCACAGAUCGUUGACCUUAUUCCAAUAGUAGAUUUUUCAACAUCGUUUGCGUUCGCGGUUUACCUUUAAUUCGUAUUUAUUUUAGCUUGCUGUUCAUCUUGGGUCGAUCGGAUGUCUGAACUCUAAUUGAUCGUUCUGGCAUGAUAACAUUCAAACCGAACGAACGAACGAACGAACGAACGAACGAACGAACGAACGAACGAACGAACGAACGAACGAACGAACGAACGAACGAACGAACGAACGAACGAACGAACGAACGAACGAACGAACGAACGAACGAACGAACGAACGAACGAACGAACGAACCAACGAACGAACGAACGAACCAACGAACGAACCAACGAACGAACCAACGAACGAACACGUGGUUUCUACGUUUGCGGUCCCCCCUAAAUAAUUGAUAAACGGUAAUUAAUAUAUAGCUUCGUUUGGGACAAGGUCUUUCAGCCACGUUUCACUAAAAAAGAGCGAUGUUGGUCCUGUAAAGUAUGUCAUGAUAUGUUUUGGCGCAAGCCACAUCGUAUUUGACAGCAACAAUGAGGGAACAAAGAGUGAUCGCUUGAGUGGGGAUGGCCUUUGUCUUAGUUGUUCAUGUUCAUAAUUGUUGAUUUUCGAUUUGUAAAAUGCUGAGAAACUACAGUUCUGAUAUUGCUAUAUAAUUCCUUUGGACGACCACUACGUUUCCUUCUACGUUUCCCUCCAAUACUUCAGAUGAGAUUAUAUUAUGUGGUUUGUGUAACGACACACAAUGACAACCAGCUUGAAGUUUCCAUAAUUUCCUGAUAAACAGCAGCGAGGGUUGACAAGCUGCAAAACAUGUUUCAGAUCGGAAGAGAACAGUGUCGGGUGGUAUAUCGAUCAAGAACGCAGUAGAACCAUUGUUGGUUGAAGUAAGAGAAGGGGAAGUCAUCAAGACCGACAAUUGUAUGCCAACGGAAAAGUAUAAGAAGAAGAAAGAGAACAAAGAUGGAUGGAAAAGAGAAUGCUAUUGAGUAUGGACAGUUUAUCAGGGAAAAAAUGAAGAUAUAGAUAAGGAUAAAAUGUGGAGUUGGCUAAAGCUACGUUUACACGCUGCGAUUAAUCGUGUACGAUUCGUUUUCUGGCGUAUAUGCAUGUCAUUGAGUAAACACGCGUAAGCUGCCUACUUUUGAAAUUUCUUUUUAACGAAUCGGCAAUGAAUUAUGGCACCAGCACUCAUUUUAAUACUGGCGAAUACGAAUCGUACACGAUUAAUCGUAGCGUGUAAACGUAGCUUAAAAAAUAGAGUUAAAACCAGAAACAGAAGCCUUGAUAUAUGCAGCACAAGAAUAGGCACAACGAACCAACUACACCAAGUUCAAUAUCGAUAGGUCUGUAGAUCCACCGUUAUGCACGUUGUAUAUAUAUAUAUAUAUAUGAAAAGAGGCGAAUGUGUGGGACAUGUGAGUGCAAGAAACUCGCCCAACGAGAAUAUUAAAAAGACGGCGUGAUAACAUGGCAAGGAUUAUACAUGCACGGGUUAUUAUGCAGAAAGUAAGAGUUGGAUAGGGCGAAAAAGGGGUUGGGCAUGAACCGCAGGGAGUAGUAAAAUCAAUUAUAAUACCGGGUGUCUCAAAAAAGUAUCGGUGUUUGAUUUGUUAUACCGUUAAAAUUGGACAAGGAGUUUCAAUCAAAUAGACUUCACUGAAUUCAGAAAGGCCUAACUUAAAUUUUGAUAUAUGACUUGAAGGUAUUUGAGCAAUAUUGAAUGAAAUACUACAGUUUCAUUUCGAAGAAGCAAUUUUGAAAAUGCUUAAAAUUACAUUAAAUCGGCCUAUCAAAUUAACAUUUAAUUUAAUGCUGUUCUUGUCAACACAACGCACGAUAAAUAAUAUUUACACAUUCGAUGAUUUAUUCAUCUGAAAAGCAUGUCCUUGAACACCUAUACACACAGGGGGUCCAACUAAGAGCCGUGUUAUGAAUAUGAAUAUGAAUAUGAAUAAAACAUCAUAUUAAUUAAACGUAAUAUGAAUAAAACAUCAUAACGUAAUAUAUUUAAAUUAUUGCACUUGUAUAAAUCAUAAGAGCAUUUACAGUGAAUAGCUUCAAACAUACACAACACUCUUCGCAGUGCUUUGAAUUCUGGGCUUCCAGGCACUCGUCGAUGUUUCAUCCCUUUAUUAUUUUCUUUAUUGUGUAUUCAAUACGCGUGUUAGUCCGCACACUGCCCGCAAAUCGCAGACUUCAACACUGAGCUAUAUAUUUCAUACGUAAUUCUAAUACAUGACUUCAAUAAGACCCGGGAUGGGCCCCCUGUGGAUAUGGUAGUAGUUAAGAGAGAAGAGUGGACGUGUUUAAUAAUCGAUAUCAUAGACAAGUAGUAUCAAUGAAAAAUAUAGAAGUAAUCCUAGUGGUAGUUUGAGCGUUAGGCGCUGUAAGUAAGAAAUUUGAAAAUAAAUCAAACGAAUUGGUAUAUCUGUAAAACUAGAGCAAGUACAAAAAACGACGCUCGGAACAGUUGAAAACUUAAAAGAGUAUUGGAAAGCUAGACAUCCCAGUAACACCUUCGCCUAGUGGCUGUAGGCAGUUGUUGCUGACGAACACCGGAUUUACAUAAAACCGUGUGAAGUAACAAAAUAUAAGACGCCGGCUCAGGCGUACAUUCUUGCUCUAUAAGGGUUAGAAUUACUUGAGGGAGCUAAUUAAGGCUGUGUGGUUACCCUGGGAUGAUACUAUAUGCAACGCGCCGGUCAGAUGGAACAAACGUGUAACAUAUUGCACCAAGCAAUGUUGCGGUGUAGUAAUGUCUUCUGUGCAUAUAUAUAUAUAUAUAUAUAUAUAUAUAUAUAUAUAUAUAUAUAUAUAUAUAUAUAUAUAUAUAUAUAUAUAUAUAUAUAUAUAUAUAUAUUUAUAUAUAUAUAUAUAUAUAUAUAUAUAUUUUGCAUCAUGCGCAUUGUUUGUAAAGUGAUGGCUUGUAUUGUCGGACCACAUUUAUAAUAUUGAUAAUUACAUUUCGCCACUCUUCGCAGUGGCCAUAUUGCGAAAUCACGAUUACAAGUGCGCAAUGCAUUGCUGGGUCAAGGAAGUCCAAAACGCAACCUACAAAGAUUUAACAGGACGAAACCUAGACUCGAGCUCCCCUGGAGCACGAGCAAUAAUGAUAAUGGUAAGGAUAAGGAUGAUACUAAACACGCGACUUUUUGAAAGGUCAUGCACAUGUACAAAUGUCGCGCUGUUGGAGAACAGCCUUUCUUUCUUGAGAUCUCGAAUGUGAAGCUGUUUAGACUGCAUUUUAGACUGCCGUUCUAUAUUUCAUUGAAGAACCAUGCACCGACAUAAUAAACCACUGAAUAUUAUACAUGCGUGUCGUCCAUGUUGACAGUCCAUGCUUUGUGUUGUGUUGUGUUGUGUUGUGUUGUGUUGUGUUGUGUUGUGUUGUGUUGUGUUGUGUUGUGUUUUGUCGUGCUGUGUUGUGCUGCUUUGUAAUUUGUUUUAUUAUUUUAUAGAAGACACGGAUAAAUUUGCAACAGAGAAUACCGAAAAGACGUCUGCAAGACAGGUUCCUGAACAAAAAAGUAGUUGUAGUAAGACAAUAGCGUGGGAAAGAAAAAGUAGUUUGGGCAAUUCUAAACUGAGUAGAUUUCGAAAUUACAUGAUAUAACUAGAAAAUACAUGCAUGCAGAAACCCUCGCCGGCUCGCCUUACUGACAAAACCAUUAUGUUUUUUGAACAUGAAGUAUUGAAAGUAGUUCUCAUGGUAACACACUAAUUUUGGGAAUAGUUUUAAAAUUGAAAAAUUCCUCCAAAAUAUCACUUUUAAUUACAAAAUGAUCAAUUUCCCAAACAUUUAUAUGCUAGGUAUGUAUAGGUUAUUUUGAGGCAACGAGGGGAUAUGUGAUUUAUUCACCGAGGCACGUAGCGCCGAGGUGAAUAAACACAUAUCCCCGAGGUGCCUCAAAAUAACAUACUUAUUUUUCACACUGCGAGGUCGCGUUAAUGAGUCAGAAUAGAAAUAAUUCUUAAUGCCAUAUUGCCUUCGUUAUGUUGUUUUUUUUUCUCAUUUUUUGUGCUGCGGAGACAUUGCAGGUGAAUAUUAGAGGGGAUUAUUAAUUGCAGGUGAAUAUUAGAGGGGAUUAUUAAACGGAAAUUGAUUAGAGGGGAAUAUUAUAUUGAAUAUAUUCCCCGAUAAGAACAAAGGAAACCGAGCAGGG